AUGGAAGGGAGGAGGUGGUCGGGGGGGAUAGAGCCGGGUUUUCGCCAUGGGAGGGUGCUGAAACUUCAUCUGGUGCAGAAUGAUAAGAAGAUUUGGGGUGUCGAAUCGAGGUUGUUGUGUCGAAUCGGAGUGGUGGCAGAGUGGGAGGAGUGUUGUGGUGGCGGAUUUGGUUCAGGAUUAGUGCGUUCAGAACUGGAGGUUCAUAGUAGAGAAGAUCUACCAAGAUCGAGAAUCUGGUCUCCUCAAUCCCUUCAAUUGAGUUCUCCCACAAAUCCACCGACCCAGGUUUCUUCGCCGCUGCAAGUUAAGCGUCUCUAA